UAACGGAGAAGGCUUAGCAUCCGCUACUGCUCAGAUAGCGCAAAUGGCAAUCUGUGGACUCUCUAUAAACACUGUGCAAGCAUAGCACUUGUCGGGCCGACAAGAUAUAUUUGAUGAUGUGAAGGGCAACGAACAGGCGCACUUUUCCCGGCAGCCUAUUACUUCUUAUCCAAGUAAAUGGCCAAACCCGCAUCGAACAUCCAGUAUGCGUAUAACAGUGCGACUACCUUCGUGGGCUGCGGGCAUACCCAAACUGUUCCGCCCUCAUGACCUCGCUCAGCUCGAGUGCCCCGCCUCCGUCCGCCUACGACCCCAAGAGCAAAGGAAGUUCUGUGAACUCUUCGUCUGAGCUCACAGCAUCUGACGAGGCUCCGGACGGUGGCCUGCGAGCCUGGAUCGUUGUCGCAGGUUCGUUCUGUCUGUCGUUUGCAACAUUCGGAUAUGUCGUGUCCUGGGGAGCCUUCCAAGAAUACUACCAAGCUGUCGCGCUUAGCGAUCGCUCUCCUUCAGACAUAGCAUGGAUCGGCUCUUUACAGUAUGCUUUAAUAUUCCUGCCGGGUCUCCUCACGGGCUAUAUUUUUGACCUAGGAUACUUCAGAAUCUCUCUAAUAGGCUCAAGUAUCGUCUACAUUACCUCUAACUUCCUUAUCGCGGAGUGCCACAAGUAUUGGCAGUUCGUAAUCUGUCAAGGCGUUGCAGUCGGUUUGUCUGCAGGAUGGAUUUAUGUUCCAUGUACCGCAAUUGUCGCACACUGGUUCAAAGAUAAGCGGCCCAUCGCAUUCAGUAUCGUCGCGUUUGGGUCUUCCGUUGGCGGCGUCCUCUUUUCUAUCAUCUUCCGUCAGCUCUUGCCUCGAGUCGGCUUCCGCUGGACAGUCCGAGUCAUGGCACUCGUAAACUUGGCAUGUUUCCUUUUCGCUAUCAUAACAAUGAAGGCACGUCUGCCACCCAAGGGUAAGACUGUAACCCAAUGGCGAGCGCUCUUGAAGCGUGCAUACGUCCUCUACACAUUCUCUACCCUCCUCGCCUUCCUUGGCCUCUAUACUCCUCUCACGUUCCUAAGUGUCAGCGCAGUGUCCAUAGGUAUAGACAGCUCGCUGGCAUUCUACAUCGUAGGCGUGUGCAAUGCCACCUCGGCCUUCGGUCGUCUGCUUAGUGGCGUUCUCGCUGUCCAGUACGGCGGGCUGAACGUGAUGAUCGUCUUCACGACCCUGGCGGCGGCGAUGACGUAUGUCUGGCCCUUCGUCGACUCUCAUGGAGGGUUCAUUGCGAUCAUCUGCUUGUAUGGCGCGGCUUCAGGCGCGUUCGUCAGCUUGUUUCCUGUGGUGACGACGCGCUUGGGGGGAGUAGAAGAUGUCGGUCUGCGCACCGGCGUACAAAUGACCUUCAUGUCGCUGGGUGCGUUAGCCGGACCGCCAAUCUCUGGCGCAAUUCAGCAACACACCGGUUCGUUCCAUGACGUUGGUCUCUACGCAGGAUCCAUGGUGAUCUACUCCGUGGUCGUCAUGAUACUGGCAAGAUGGGCGCAUGUCGGGGAACUCGCCGGUGGCGUAUUUUGAUUUUUGAGAGACGGAGGCAACCUUGUGCUUUAGUGUACGCGGCCUCGUACGGGCUCAAUUUCUGUCCAGAUUUAUAGUAUAUCAGCCUUCUUGAUGUCAUUUUCCGCCUAUUCCGC